GUCCCUCCACAGCCCUCUCCCCCACCCCGGGCCGGUGGCCCCGACGGUGUCCUCGCGCACAGGCCUGCCCGGCCCGGCCGCCACCACAGCCACAGUCGUCCCGCUCCCGGCACGGGCCGAGGAGGAGGCCCCGGCGCCGCCAUCUCGCGUCCUGGCAGCAGCCGUCCGCGGGGCCGCAGCAGCCUCCGGCCCGGGUCGGCUGCUGCCCGCACCCAAGAUGGCGGCCGCGGAGGGGCGUGGCCGGGGCCGCGGAGGUUCCGGGAAGGCGCGGGACAAUGGCGGCGGUGGAGGAGCGGAUCCCGGAGGACGCGGACGAGGACGAGGAGGAAGCCGAGCAGUUGGUUCUGGUGGAGCUGUCCGGAAUUAUUGAUUCAGACUUUCUAUCAAAAUGUGAAAAUAAAUGCAAGAUUUUGGGAGUUGACACCGAGAGGCCCAUUCUGCAAGUGGACAACUAUGUCUUUGCUGGAGAGUAUGAAGACACUCUUGGGACCUGUGUUAUAUUUGAAGAAAAUGUUGAACAUGGUGAUGCAGAAGGCAGUAGUAAAACGGUACUAAAAUAUAAAUGCCAUACAAUGAAGAAGCUCAGCAUGACAAGAACUCUUCUGACAGAAAAGAAAGAAGGAGAAGAAAGUGUAGGUGGUGUGGAAUGGCUGCAAAUCAAGGACAAUGAUUUCUCCUAUAGACCCAACAUGAUAUGUAGCUUUCUGCAUGAAAAUGAAGAUGACGAUAUUGGAGCUCCAGCCUCAGAUAAAUCUUUGGAGUUGGAAGAGGAAGAGAUUCAAAUGAAAGAUAAUUCAAGCUUGGGUUAUGAACAGGGGAAAUCACUGAACUUGGAAGUAGACAAUUCUGGUCCUCUUCUUGAUGAUAUCCCUUCCUCUGAGACAGACAGUUAUGUUUUUAUGGAAACUCAAGAUACUACCUUAGAAAUCUCUCCUAGAUGAAAUGUUUCUCAUUAUAACUAGUCAUGAACUUUUUGUUUGGAUUUUUGAUAUAAAAGAAUUGUGUAGCUUUCAGUUGUUCACUAUUUUACUAGUUUUAUUGGCUAUACGUGCAUUUCUGAUUAUAACACAGUUUAAUAUACCAGAGUCAUUAAGGACAAGAUCCAAAUUGAAUUUUUAAAAAUCUGCUAUAAAUGACUAUAGGGACCCUUCUCUGAUAAGCCCUUUAAAUUGAAAGUUUUAUUAAGGUAAGUAUAUAAGUUUUUUUAUUGCAACCGUCACAAAUUACUACAAACUUAGCAGUUUAAAAUGACACAAGUAUAUUAACAGUUUUGUAAGUCAGCUGUCUCACAUGGCCUGGGCUAAAAUCAAGGUAUUGGCAGGACUUCAUUCUUUUCUGGAGGUUAGGGGUGGGGAGACUGUUUCCCUGUUUAGUUGUUGGCAGAUUUUAAUUCUUUGCCAUUGAAGGAUCAGUGUCCCAUUUUCUUACUGUCAUCUGAAGGCCAUUUCCAGCUUCUAGAGGCUGCCUACAUUCCUUGGUCUAUGGUCCUUUUCUAAGCCAGUAAAUCUCUUGAUUCUUCCAUUAUCGUUAUCUCUGACCCAUCUUGCUCAUUACCUGACCUAGUAUUUGUUCUUUCUUUGUUUUGUUAAUAAUCCCAGAAUUAUUCAAGUUAGCAAUGUGCCCAUAUAUGUGUACAUAUGUAUAUAUGUGGCCAUAUGACUAAGUUCUGGCCAGUGACGUGGGAAUUUUAAGUGUUGAGUGGUGGAUGGUUCUAGAAAGCUUCCUUAAACCUUAAGGCAUAAAGGGAGAUGAGUCAGUUCAUCUUCUCUUUUUUCCUGCUGGAACAUGGAUGUGGUAGCUAGAGUUUCAGCAGGCUUUCUGGACGGUAAAGAAACCUUGGAAAUAGAAGCCGUGAGUGACAGAGCAACAAGAUAUAAGAUUGGAUCCUCAUAUGAUGCUGCCCUGGUUUGCCAAGAAUAAAGAAGGUUAAUAAUAAAACCCUUUCUUUUUCUCCCUUGUAAAAGGACUUCAAGUUUACCUUUUAGCCAUGUUUCUCUAGAAAUCUACUAGAGAAGGUAAUAAGAGAAUGUCAACUGUGAUGUCAGGCAGUAUUGUGAUUAAAAAUGACCCCUUAUUGGGGUGCCUGGGUGGCUUAGUUGGUUAAGCAUCCAAUUCUUGAUCUCAACUCAGGUAUUGAUCUCAGGGUUGUGAGUUCAAGCCCUGAGUUGGGCUCCACGCUGUGCAUGGAGCCUACUUAAAAAAAAAAAAAGACCCCCUUAUUGGUAAACUGUAUGGACCAGGAAGACUACGGCAGCUCUAAAUGCCCUUUGGAAAAUGUGGACUUUGGACCUACUUAAGCACUGUGUAUUUUGUUUGUAUUUUUUUAAGUAGGCUCCAUGCCCAACAUGGUGCUUGAAAUCACAACCCUGAGAUCAAGAGUUGCAUGCUCUACUGAUUGAGCCAGCCAGAUGUGUCAAAUAUUGUGUUUCUUAUUACUAAGAAUCCUGAAAGCUACACUCAUGGCUGUUUCAAGAGAUGUUGCUUCUUGGAAAGCCUGAAGUUUCUAAGCCAGCGUAGCAUCUGCACCCACCCUAAUGAUCUCCUUUCCUUAUAUCUGCACUGACACUUGGUGCCAGAGUAAAGCCUCCUGUUGAAACAAGCCUUGUGCUGCUGUGUUGUUUCCUAUAAAGUUAAGUUAAUCUGGUGCUGGAUUCAGUCCCAUUAGGCCAAUUGGGUCUUGUGAGUGUGAAUGUCCUUCCAAACCUGUGACUGCUGCUGCUGUUCAGGCAGAGAAGGCACUGCAAGCAACCACCUACCCCUGGCCUUUAUGUGAGAAAAAUAACUUGUCUCCUGUGUAAGUCAUUAAUCCUAUUUAAUACAUUACACAUUUUGAAAAAUAGAGAAAAGUAUAAGGAAGUAGAAUGGAAGAUUCUUGAGAUUUGUAAUCUUGCUAAAGAAACUGAUCUAGGGACGCCUGGGUGGCUCUGGUUGGGCAUCUGACCUCGGCUCAGGGCAUGACCCCAGGGUCCUGGGAUUGAGUCCUGCAUCAGGCUCCCUGCAUGGAGCUUGCUUCUCCCUCUGCCUGUGUCUCUGCCUCUGCCUCUCUCUUGGUCUCUCAUGAGUAAAUAAAUAAAAUCUUUUUUUUUUUUUUUAAAGAAACUGAUCUAAACUGAUGUAGUUCUUUCUACCUGAAAUUGAAGAGAAUAAUAGAGUCUUAUAUUCUGAAGAGAACGUAAUGUGUUUUAGUUCCCUACCUGUAAAUGAGAAUAAAUGUUUGGAAUUUAGUAAAAUAAUCUUUUCCAACCAUGAAGUAUUUUGUAAGACUGGAACUUCACCAAUGAAUUUCUUCACCAUUGAUCUGUCUUACUGACUUACUAGAAUUACUUAACAAACUAAUCUUGGAACUACAGUCUCUGUGUAGCUGUUAUAAUACUGCUUCUGGCACUGAAUGCAGUGGUUGGCUUUUGCUCACAAAUAAUGGUAGGAUUAUAUUGCUAAGGUGCUCCAUGUGGAAUUAUUCCUUAAGGCCAAUAUGGAAAUGUUUGGAGAUCCAGGUAUUUGUUUAUUAUGUACUAUAUAGUUGGUCAUAACAAAUGCAUUGACAGAUGUGGCCAGCUGAGUCAAAUUAUUGAUGGUAUCAUGUGGUUAGCUAUUCAGCAGCAGCUGAUAAUUUUUUAGAAUCUACUGUUUUCAUUUCGUUUUGUGCCCAUAUGAAACUGCCCAAACUUCCUAAUGUGUCUGGCAUGUAUUAUCUUCCAUAAAUGUCAUUGAUUCUAA